ACCUGGCCGGCCGCGGACGCAGCCGCCGCGCUGGGGCCGCGAGACUGGGGGCCCGGGAUGAGCCUCACCCGGAAAAAGGGCUUCUACAAGCAGGACGUCAAUAAGACUGCCUGGGAGCUGCCGAAGACCUACCUGUCCCUGACACACGUCGGCAGCGGGGCCUAUGGCGCCGUGUGCUCCGCCAUUGACAAGCGGUCAGGGGAGAAGGUGGCCAUCAAGAAGCUGAGCCGGCCCUUCCAGUCCGAGAUCUUCGCCAAGCGGGCCUAUCGAGAGCUGCUGCUGCUGAAACACAUGCAGCAUGAGAACGUCAUCGGGCUCCUGGAUGUCUUCACCCCAGCCUCCUCCCUGCGCAACUUCCAUGACUUCUACCUGGUGAUGCCCUUCAUGCAGACGGAUCUGCAGAAGAUCAUGGGGAUGGAGUUCAGUGAGGACAAGAUCCAGUACCUGGUGUAUCAGAUGCUUAAAGGUCUUAAGUACAUCCACUCAGCUGGGGUCGUCCACAGGGACCUAAAGCCGGGCAACCUGGCCGUGAACGAGGACUGUGACCUGAAGAUCCUGGAUUUUGGGCUGGCACGGCAUGCAGAUGCUGAGAUGACCGGCUACGUGGUGACCCGCUGGUACCGGGCCCCCGAGGUGAUCCUCAGCUGGAUGCAUUACAACCAGACUGUGGACAUCUGGUCUGUUGGCUGUAUCAUGGCGGAGAUGCUGACAGGGAAAACUCUUUUCAAGGGAAAAGAUUAUCUGGACCAACUGACCCAGAUCUUGAAAGUGACCGGGGUGCCGGGCACAGAGUUUGUGCAGAAGCUGAACGACAAAGCGGCCAAAUCCUAUAUCCAGUCCCUGCCGCAGAGCCCUAAGAAGGAUUUCACUCAGCUCUUCCCACGUGCCAGUCCCCAGGCUGCAGAUCUGCUGGAGAAGAUGCUGGAGCUGGACGUGGACAAGCGCCUGACAGCCUCGCAGGCCCUCGCCCACCCCUUCUUUGAACCCUUCCGGGACCCCGAGGAGGAGACAGAGGCCCAGCAGCCAUUUGAUGAUUCCUUAGAACAGCAGAAACUAACAGUGGACGAAUGGAAGCAGCACAUCUACAAGGAGAUUGUGAACUUCAGCCCCAUUGCCCGGAAGGACUCACGACGCCGGAGUGGCAUGAAGUUGUAGUGACUCUUUCAGCCUGACCCUCGACUGAGCCCAGGGACUGCCACAUGGCACCAUCAGCCAUACACUGCCCCAGGACCAACAUUUAUUUGUUGCUACCGCAGCCUCAACCCUUCUUGAAAUAUAGCCUUCCAAGCAGAGGACAGAAGGGUGCUUCUCCUUGUGUAGGAAACGGGCCUAGUAGGUGCAGGACUGAAAGAUGUUGGGGGUGUGGAGGAAAUAGCUCUGAUCAUAAUGGGACACAUUAGAACUCCCAUCUGGAGAACCGCCUGAGUGUGGGAUCCUUUCCUUCCCGGCUGUAGUGGGUCUGAGAGGUGUGGGCUGAGCCAGCCCAGGUGUCUGUGGCAAUGAUAAUAUGUCAGUUUCCUAGGGCUGCUGUAACAAAUAACCACAAACUGGAUGGUUUAAAACAACAGGAAUGUAUCCUCUCACAGAUCUGGAGGCCAGAAGUCUGAGAUCAAGGCAUCAGCAAGGCCAUUUUCCCUCGAAGGCUCUGUGGAAGAAUCCUUCCCUGCCUCUGCUUAGCUUUAGGUGGUUCCUGCCAAUCCCUGGCCUUCCUUGGCUUGUGACUGUAUCACCCCAAUCUCUGCAUGUGUAUUCACAUGGCCUUUGUCCCUGUGUGUAUCUCUGUCUCCUCUCAUAAGAACACCAGUUAUUGAAUUUAGGACCUACUCUAAUCCAGCAUGAUCUCAGUCCUUACUAAUUAUAUCUG